GAACAGGUUGAGGCAUUUUGAGCAAAUCUCAUUGGUAAAGUCUGUGCAUUGCUUUUUUUUUAAGAACCAUUUCCUUUCAGUUUUAACCAUAUCACUGUGUCUGCAAAUAGUUUGAACUCAGUUUGUCAGCAGAGGAGCUUUCUGUUUGAUACCUUCAUUUUUUUUAAAAAAAAAAAAGACAUACUCAAUUAGCUAGUUUGAUUUUAAGAUGUUUUACUUAGAAGAUGAUAGUGAAGAUGAGGAUGAGAAGGCUCAUGAAGGCUCAUUAAAUAAAACUCAAGGUGUUUACCAUGGCAAGGCCCCUCCUGGCAUCCUGUCUCAAACCAUGAAUUAUGUGGGACAGCUGGCUGGACAGGUGAUUGUCACCGUGAAGGAACUCUACAAGGGCAUUAAUCAAGCCACCCUGUCUGGGUGUAUCGAUGUCAUCGUGGUGCAGCAGCAGGAUGGCACUUACCAGUGUUCGCCCUUCCACGUACGAUUUGGAAAGCUGGGGGUCCUGAGAUCCAAAGAGAAAGUGAUUGAUAUAGAAAUCAAUGGCAAUGCAGUGGAUCUUCACAUGAAAUUGGGUGAUAAUGGGGAAGCUUUCUUUGUGGAAGAGACCGAAGAGGAAUAUGAAAAACUUCCUGCAUAUCUUGCCACCUCACCGAUUCCUACUGAAGAUCAGUUCUUUAAAGAUAUUGACACCCCUUUGAUGAAAUCAGGUGGAGAUGGAAGACCAUGUCAGACUUCAGACAUCUCACACAUCUUGGAAACAGAAACGGUUUUCACUCCAAGUUCUGUGAAAAAGAAAAAAAGGAGGAGAAAGAAAUGCAAACAGGAUAGUAAGAAGGAAGAGCAAGCUGCUUCUCCUGCUACAGAAGACAAAUGUGAUGUGGGUGUGAGUUCUGAUGAUGAGAAGAGCGCCCAGGCAGCAAGAGGGUCUUCAAAUGCUUCCUUAAAGGAAGAAGAAUAUAAGGAGCCUUUGCUCUUCCAUUCUGGGGAUCACUAUCCCUUAUCUGAUGGAGAUUGGUCCCCUUUAGAGAACACCUAUCCCCAGGCAGUGUGUCCUAAGAGUGAUUCAGAGCUGGAGGUGAAACCAGCCGAGAGCCUGCUCAGAUCAGAAUCCCACAUGGAAUGGACAUGGGGCGGGUUCCCAGAGUCCACCAAGGUCAGCAAAAGAGAGAGAUUAGACCAUCAUCCCAGAACAGCCACAAUUACACCUUCGGAAAAUACCCAUUUUCGGGUCAUUCCUAGUGAGGACAACCUCAUCAGUGAAGUUGAGAAGGAUGUUUCCAUUGAAGAUACUGUCUGUACCAUAGUGAAGCCCAAACCCAGGGCCCUGUGUAAGCAGAUGAGUGAUGCAACUUCUGCAGAACUACUCGAACCUCCUCUUGAAAGUCCUCAGAUUUCAUCUAUGUUAGAUGCAGAGCACUUCUCCAGCCCAUCAUCAUCACAGGCUCCCUCGGAUUCUAAACCAGCAUCUAAAGUAGACUCACCAUCCAAGAAGAAAGGUGUCCACAAGAGAAGCCAGCACCAAGGACCUGACGAUAUUUAUCUCGAUGACUUAAAGGCUCUCGAACCUGAAGUUGCAGCCCUCUACUUCCCUAAAAGUGAAUCUGACCCUGGCUCGAGACAGUGGCCUGAGUCUGACACACUCUCUGGCUCCCAGUCACCCCAGUCUGUGGGAAGUGCAGCUGCUGAUAGUGGCACUGAGUGCCUCUCCGAUUCUGCCAUGGACUUGCCUGAUGUCACCCUGUCCCUUUGUGGGGGCCUCAGUGAAAACGGAGAAAUUUCUAAAGAAAAAUUCAUGGAGCAUAUCAUUACUUAUCAUGAAUUUGCAGAAAACCCUGGACUUAUAGACAAUCCUAACCUUGUAAUACGGAUAUAUAACCGUUACUAUAACUGGGCUUUGGCUGCUCCCAUGAUCCUUAGCUUACAAGUCUUCCAGAAGAGUCUGCCUAAGGCCACAGUUGAGUCCUGGGUCAAAGACAAGAUGCCAAAGAAAUCUGGUCGCUGGUGGUUUUGGCGGAAGAGAGAAAGCAUGACAAAACAGCUCCCAGAGGCCAAGGAGGGAAAAUCUGAGGCACCACCGACAAGUGACCUGCCAUCAAGCACAGAGGAGACAGCCAGUGCCAGGCCAGCUGAGGGUGACUCGUCGAGUGAUGAAGGGUCCCAGGAGCUUGAAGAAUCAAUCACAGUGGACCCUAUCCCCCCAGAGCAGAUGAGCCACGGCAGCACAACAUCUUACAAGAAAUCUCUUCGACUCUCCUCAGACCAGAUCGCAAAACUGAAGCUCCAUGAUGGCCCGAAUGAUGUUGUAUUCAGUAUUACUACCCAGUAUCAAGGUACCUGCCGCUGUGCAGGCACCAUUUACCUGUGGAACUGGAACGACAAGGUCAUCAUUUCCGACAUCGAUGGCACAAUCACCAAGUCUGAUGCUUUGGGACAGAUUCUCCCACAGCUGGGUAAAGAUUGGACUCACCAAGGAAUAGCAAAGCUCUACCAUUCCAUCAAUGAGAAUGGCUACAAGUUUCUGUACUGUUCUGCCCGUGCCAUCGGCAUGGCCGACAUGACCCGGGGCUACCUGCACUGGGUCAAUGACAAGGGCACAAUCCUGCCCCGAGGCCCUCUGAUGCUGUCCCCCAGCAGUUUGUUCUCUGCCUUCCACAGGGAAGUGAUAGAAAAGAAACCAGAGAAGUUCAAAAUCGAGUGUCUAAAUGAUAUCAAGAAUCUGUUUGCCCCGUCCAAGCAACCUUUCUAUGCUGCCUUUGGAAACCGUCCAAACGAUGUCUAUGCUUACACACAAGUUGGAGUUCCAGACUGCAGGAUCUUUACGGUGAAUCCCAAGGGUGAAUUAAUACAAGAAAGGACCAAAGGAAACAAGUCAUCGUAUCACAGGCUGAGCGAGCUCGUAGAACAUGUGUUCCCACUUCUUGAUAAGGAACAGAAUUCCGCCUUCCCAUGUCCAGAGUUCAGUUCCUUCUGCUACUGGCGAGACCCAAUCCCAGAAGUAGACCUGGACGACCUGGCCUGAGGCAGCACCUCUGGUGGGGGUCUCACUCACUCUCCGAGAAGGGAUGGUGACCACCCUUUCUGCAAACCCAAGGACAUGGGGCUGCAGCUGGGCAGCAGCUUUCCUGAGCAGGAACAGGGCUCCUGGAGCCAGUACUGUAUCCUCCUUUGCCUCUUCAGGCCACUGCUCAGCACCAGAAAGGAGAAAUAAGGGGCCAGGCCUGGGGCACACA